CCCCCGCCCGGCGCGCGCCCCAGACACGCGCUCUCCCGCCUUCCCCCAGCGCGCGCCAGCAGCAGCAGCGGCGGCAACCAGCAACGGGCGGUGGCGGCUUCUCUCCCGCGCCCUCAGAUUAAUUCCCUGUAAUUGAAACCUACUGUUGCUGCUUUUUGUUUGGAAAUGGCUUUCCAGUCCUCGCCUUCACAGCCUUCCGUACCAUCCCAGCCUGUACCAGUCUCAUUGUCGUCGGGAGAUCUUCACUUUCCCGAGAUUAACAAGCUACGGGAGCGUACUCCGUCACCGAUGAGAGGUUUCCUCAUUCCCAGCCCCUUACCCACAAGGAGGACCAGAACUACUUCUGCAACUGCUCGGGCAGCUGAAGGGCCCAUUUUCAAAGGUGUCUGUAAGUGCUUUUCCCGUUCAAAAGGCCAUGGGUUCAUCGUUCCUGCAGACGGAGGGGCGGAGAUCUUUGUCCACAUCUCUGAUGUUGAAGGGGAAUAUGUGCCAAUGGAAGGAGACGAGGUCUCGUACAAGGUGUGUUCUAUUCCUCCCAAGAAGGAGAAGAAGCAGGCCGUAGAGGUGGUCAUCACCCAUCUGGUGCCAGGAACGAAACACGAAACAUGGUCAGGACAGAUAGUCAGCCCGUAACAACCACCAACAAUCCCAUCCUGCUGCCUAACAAGGCGAGUAAGUAUGAGCAAACCUCUUGAGUGUGUAGACCAACCAACUGCUGGCAGGAUCGACGGUAAUAUUUCUACAAAGGCUGCAAAAUGAAGCAGUUGGCUGAUAGUUUGAACAUCACUCAUACUGUGCAUGUUUUCUAUUGAGGUGACUUGGCCAGUGAAUGUACAUGUGGAGUUUUCAACGGUAUAGUCCCCCAAAACUAUUAUAUUAAAAACCACACGUUCUUACCAAGGCAGCAAUGCAAUGGAACUUUAUUUUAAACUGCACUGCCCUGCAAGUUAUAUACAUUUUAGUUGUAGAAUUGUUGAAUUUCUUUGGUAGAGAAUCUUGUUUGUUAAUUAUGGGCGUAAUCAUGUUAAGGGAGAGUGGUCUUGCAAUAUUGAUUGCCUGGUCUGUGUGAUAUCCGCUUCUGCCCACUUCCCUCCAAACUAGUUACUCACAGGUUAAAAGCACUAUGCUAUUCCCUCUCCUCAAUGCACAAUGUACGUGGUUGCAGUGGAGAUAAUCAUCACACCUACAUUGAUGACGUGGUGUUAGCAACAUGUGGAGUUGCUGUCUGAAAUUCUGGAGGUUCACCCUUUUGAAAGAUGCAGUGCCUUCUGAUGAUACCUACAUUGAUUUGACACUGCUAAUGACUGACUGUCUGUCAGAGAACUGACCACACAGCAUACAACUAAUUGACCAGUCUGGUGAUAAAUGCCACUGGACAUUUUGUAAAACCUUGCCCACCAGUUUUCAUUUUAUGGUUUCACACAUAAUUUGGGUUUUUAUAUUGUAGAUUCCUGUGAAUCUUCUAUUUUCCUAGAAGCUUUCUGUGUAUUGGCUGAUGGAAGCACAUUAGAGCUGGCAGUUGAAUGUCAUGUCUUGGCAGUUGUUUGCCAUUGUCCCCAACGGUAUCUGAAGUUAACCUAGAUAACCAGGUGAAAGAGGAUUCAGCUUUAAAGAGAUCGGCUCUUGAUGUCAACAUUUCUGCUGCUGAUAUCACUUUUCCCAUCUGUGGCCAUGUUACAUUUUAUGCCGCCACCUCCUUUCAAACAACUAAUACAGAACGUGUAGGAUCAAAUAAUUCAGUCAGCAUAAAGGAGGGAAUAUUUCACAGUGGUUUAACCUGGGAGUUCUAAGACCCGUUGAUGGGUGAUAUUGGGAACCCCCCUGCAUUUCAUUGUCCAUGGUAUUCAUACGUAGGGGGGAGUCUGAACCUGCUGCCGUGUUUCACUGCAAAAUAACUUAAGAUGUUGCCAUGUCUUUGAGUUCCUGACUUCUGUGAAGAAUAAUUUUUAUUCUUCAGUGCCUUAAUUUCCAACUCUUUAAUGAUCAGUUUGAUUUAUCCCAUGACAUCAUAUAUUUACCAAUAUAAAUAUUGUAUUUUAGUGUACCGUGCUGUUUAACUAAACUAUUGGAAUCUAGAAACAUAAAAAAUUAAUGUAUCAUUUUGUGCCUUUUGGCAUUUACAUAUUAUCUGUAUUUCUGAAUAGAGGACAAAUAAAAUUAAAUGAAACAAACA